CUUUUUCAAUGUACAUGUGAAUGUGCGAUCAGCUUGAUCAAAAUUGCAGGUAAUUUUAGAAUGUUCCACAGAUCUUACAGAACAUCUGUGAGAUGCCUGCCAUCAAAGAGUGCUAUGCUCACUAUAUUUGUGUCAUGCUUUUUUUUUGCAUUUGUGGGCUUAAUACAGGAAGUGUCGUGUUUACAUGCGGUACAUUUGUAAAGGUCACUCAUUUUAGCAUGCUAGUCAGUCAAUGCAUAACAGAUAUGCCAACAUACCAUUCUACUGUUCUGUUCGUGUUUGUUGUGAUUUUCUAUGGGCAGUCUAUGCAAUCUCCAUCGAACGACAAAGAUUUUACUUUAGUGCAAGUGAUAUAUUCAAGAAAUCCAGUAAGAAGCACAGCGGGUCAAACUUUGACUCUCAAGUGCACUGUGAAAUACACGAAAGAGCAGUGUGGAAGCCCCCUGGCCUCGUGGUGUUUGCCAAAAGAGCAUUGUCAGUUACUUGCUGACUCUGACAGAUAUCUGAUUUAUACCAAUGAGACUGAAAUAGAAACUGGAUUCAGGCAACGUGAUGUAUUUAUUACAUUUAAACAGCUGUCUGUCAAUGACACUGAAUUCUAUAAUUGUAUGGCGAAAUGUCUGAAGACUGGAGCAUCGGCUGUAGGACAUCGCAUCAACCUCACCAUAACAGCUGAAGAACCCAACAAGAGUGUCCGUCGGCAUGCCGAUAUGGUCCUUCUGAUGCUCAGUGGCUUCUUACUUCCAUUGCUCCAUUGACACUCCUGCAUAGGUGCCACUGAUUCAGUCACUUGUUAAUAAAUAACCUAAAAAAGAA